GCUUUGUAUCAAGUCAUUUGUUUCGGCGAUCGCAAUUAUGGCGGAAUGCGGCAGAAUUUCUACUGUGAUAACUUUCAUGAUGAUGUGCACUUGGAGUUUUCCUUCAACUGCUGAAUCUUAUUUUCAAGAAAUUCCGACCGAAACUUGGGGUUACGUGGAAGUGCGAGAAAAUGCACAUAUGUUCUGGUGGCUCUACGGAGCUCAAACGAGCAACUCUUCUGAAAGGGUGAACAAGCCACUUAUCAUGUGGCUUCAAGGAGGACCAGGCGGUUCCUCAACAGGGUUUGGAAAUUUCGAAGAGCUUGGUCCGCUCACAGUGGAGCUGAAACCUCGCAACACUACUUGGAUUCAGGCUGCAAAUGUUUUAUUUGUCGAUAAUCCUGUUGGCUCAGGGUUUAGUUAUGUCACCCAACCAAGUGCUUACACCACGAAUGUGACUGGUAUGCAUGCUAUUAAUACCGGAUAGCUCUACACUUUAUCGAUCUGUAUAAAACUUCAUAGCUUUGGGGUUAUACUCGUAGUUCAAUAUCUUACAGUGAAAUAAUUUGUGAAAACAAAAUUCAAAAGGUGUUCCUCCUACUUUCAGCGUUUAGUACUAUAAUUUCCAUCUCGUGACUACUUGUGACAAUUUAAUUUUUUUUUUCGAGUGGCGUGGUGGAGGGUGACGGGAAGUUGACAUUUUAAUCUAUUACUUUGCAUACAUUAGCAAAUUUUUUCAAUGGUUAAGUUUGAUUCCUUAGAAUGUUGUUAAAAGAAGAGGUGUUUCCGAAGUAAAGAUUGGUUCAGCUCGCUGGCUAAGGGCAUUCUUUCAGUUUCAUCUUUACAAGUCAUAUUACGAAUUAAUCUGAGUCCUUACACAUCUUAAUGUGUCCUUGCUUAUGAUAUUUUGGAGGACAGAGCAAAGAUGACAUCAACAUUAACAGAACUUUGCUUUCUUAUCUUAAAAAAAAGUCUAUGGGUCUGUUUGCAAAAAUAUUACAAAAGAUGUCAAAAUGUGAUAAGGACAGUGGUGAAACGCUUAGUUGUACCUCAAGUGCUACUUUUUUUAUUCUUAACCCUUUCACUCCCAAGAUCUAGUUAGUAAUUCUCCUUACUAUCUGCCAUACAAUUCUUAUGAUGUUAGUUCAGAGAAUUUAGUAUUGAAUCAACUAAUAAUACCAUGAUUGAUAUUCUUCUCUAUUCUCAUCACCUACCUGCUUGAUAUUGUAUUGAUAUUGUAAGGAGAAAUUCUGUCUUGGUCACUCAUGGGAGUGAAAGGGUUAACACAUUUUGACAUGGCAACAAUUGGAGACUGUCCAUUAAACAAUUAAAAUAACUUGUUUUGUGUAGAAAAGGUCCAUUGCUAUGCAGCAGCAGCAGCAUGAGGGGCAGAACAACCCAGUUCAGAUAUUAAUUAACUCCUUAGGCCUUCACCCAGACCAACCUCUAUAAUAACCUUAUUCCUUUGAGGCAAUCAGAUUGUAAUUUUUGUGUAACAAUGUUGCAUAAAAGAGAAUGAAAAUUUUCAUUUGUCUUAAUGUACCCUUUUGUUUCCAACAGGUAUUGCAAAUGACCUUGUUACUCUCUUUCGAGCCUUCCUGGAAAAACAACCUGUUUUCCAGCAAAUGCCAUUUUAUAUCUUCUGUGAAUCCUAUGGAGGAAAGAUGACAUCUGCCUUUGGUGUGGCCCUGUAUCAAGCUAUCCAAAGUGGAAGUGUGAAGUGUGACUUUAGAGGGGUUGCUCUGGGUGAUUCUUGGAUUUCACCUGUGGAUUCUGUGUUGACCUGGGGACCUUACCUUUAUGCUGUAAACCUACUUGAUGGAAAAGAUCUGGCAUCCGUCAAUCAAGCUGCCCAGUCUACUGCUGAAGCUGUCGCUAAGGGUGAAUAUACAAAGGCCACUCAACUCUGGGACCAGACUGAACAAAUCAUUUCAGCAACAACAGAUGAUGUUGAUGUUUACAAUAUCCUGAUACACCAUGCCCCACCUUUUCCAAAGUUUCAAUCUCUAGGAAGCGAUUUCUUAGAUCGCUUGUAUGCUCAGCAUGUGGGUCCCCUUUACACUGACCCUCUGACAGAACUCAUGAAUGGCCCAAUCAGGAAGAAGCUGGGUAUAAUACCAUCUAAUGUCACCUGGGGUGGGCAGUCAGGUGAAGUGUUUGUGUACCAGACUGAAGAUUUCAUGAAACCAGUCAUAGGUGAUGUUAGCAAACUUUUGAAUUAUGGUAUAAAGGUUGUUGUUUAUCAAGGCCAGUUGGACAUGAUUUGCGACACCCUUGGAGCAGAGGAGUGGAUCAAGAAACUUGACUGGGAUGAUUUACCACAAUUUUUUAACACUAAUCGAGAGCCACUAUAUGCCCCCUCAGGUAAGACAGACAGAGAUACAGCAGCAUUUUACAAAGCGUACAAGAACUUAGAGCUUUACUACAUAAUGAAAGCUGGUCACAUGGUGCCAUCAGAUAACGGAGAGAUGGCUUUGGAGAUGGUGAAAAGAGUCAUCAAUGAAGAAUACUAACUAAUUAAAAUACAUUUGUCUAGUCAGGUUAAAACUGUCACCUUAAUUGUCAAUUUUAGGUCCAGCAUUUUCAGCUAAAGUAGUUUUUUCUCAAAUUAGGUAAUGAGUGAAAGAGCCUUCCAUUCUUCCAUAAGAAUUGAUAUCUAACUCUGAAACAGUGAGAAACUAGGGGAAAGUCAGUUCACCAGUGAUUUCUUGGCAAAGGGCUCCAAACUCAACUCCUUUCUAAGUCACCAACUGUUGACCCUAAAUUAUGAAACCAGUUAUCUAUAACACAAGCAGACCUACUUGGUAGCUUUUAACCCUUUAAUCCCUAAGAGUGACUAGCAUCUAAUUUCUCCCAACAAUAUCACCUCUGAAUUACACAUUAAGGUCAUGAGAAUAAAGGAAAUGAUCACUGAAUAAAUAAGCUCUUGAUUGUUAGAUGAAUUCUCCUUGUCAGCACCAUAGGAAAUGUAAAGGAACAGUAUGGAGAAUAUGCAUACUGACUUUAGAGUGUAAAGGGUUUAUGAAAAGGGCUUCAUGCACAAUCAAGGUUUUCAUAAAGAAAUAUUGCUGCAGGAGAUCCGUGUUGAAUGACAGGUGAUCAUUGUUUAUGCCUGGAUAAGAUUUUGAUCAAGUUCUUGAAAUUUAUAACAUCCCACAAUUCUUCACAACCGUCAGAGAAUUCUCUAAUUCCCUUUGAAGAACCAGAAAUUUCUGGUUCAAUAACAUACUAGUCAUUGCAAAAUGUAUUAAGAUUUGGUGUAAAUUUAAUCUGUUAAUAAAGU